AUGAAGGGAUAUAAUCAAGCAGAAUUUAUCGAUGAAUUUGUUUUAAAGGUAUCAAAAGAAUAUGUUGGUUCUCCAAAAAUAAUUUUUGAUGGCCUAUUUGGAAUGCAUUUACGCAUUGAGAAGCUGAAAUCAUAUGUUUAUAAAUCAAACAAUGGCGCUGAGUUUAUUGGAAUAUGUGGGAUGGGUGGUGUAGGCAAAACAACAAUUGCUAGAACCUUUUAUGAAUUGGAGUCUUCUCAAUUUGAGAGUAUUAGCUUUCUUGAAAACGUUAAAGGAAAUUAUCUAAAACACUUGGUAAUUGCUCAUGGAGUGAAAGCAAUAUACGACGUGGAGCCAUUGGAUGAUGAUAAAUGCUUGCAACUCCUUACUUGGAAGGCCGGCUUCGAAAAGGAUCAUCUUCUUUCAGAUGAAUAUAAAAGGUUGUCUCAACGUGUGGUAAACUAUGCCAAAGGCCUUCCAUUAGCUCUAAAUGUCUUGGGUUCCUCUUUACGUGGAAAAGAUGAAGAAGAAUGGAAUGACCGAUUGGAAAGACUCAAAAAUAACCCCAACGACAAGAUUAUGGGAGUACUUAAAAUAAGUUUUGAUGCACUGGAGAACGAAGACAAGAAUAUAUUCCUACUCAUUGCUUGCUUUUUCGAGGGAAAUGGUCACAAAGAUUAUGUUACAAGCAUACUGAAGAAGUGCAAUUUCAAUGCAAUAAUAGGUAUAGGAAAUGUUAGUAACAAAUCUCUCUUGAGCAUUAAAGAUAACGAAAUCUGA